UAGAAGAAAAGAGGAGGAGUGAGGGGGGUGAUUGUGGUUGGAUGUUGUCAUGUAUGAGCAGCCUGAGGAUGCACAAUAGCGGGUCGAGACCACCGUGCUCAAUUGCGGAUUAGAGGAGGAGGGGGGAAGGCUCUUUUAUACCCCCCCCCCCCAAACAAAAAAAAACGAGGGGAAGGAAGGAGACAGCCCGGGACCGGAGGACACCGAUGCUGUUGUUGUUGUGGCGGCGACGAUGCGACCCCACUGCUGGCUGAUGGUGGCUCUGGCGGGGGUCAUGUCGUACAUCAGCCCGGAGAGAGCGCUCGGAGCCCCGCAGAGAGAAGUUUCUCAGAGCAGGACCGCCUCGCUGUCUCCUCCACCUUACGUGGUCAUCCUCAUCUCUUGCUCUGGGCUCGUCUCCUUUGUUCUGCUGCUCCUUACCUGUCUGUGCUGCAAGAGGGGAGGAGUGGGAUUCAAUGAGUUUGACAAUGCCGAUGGGGAGGAGUGUUCCGGAGGGUCCAGCCCCAUCCAGGAGGACAGCCUGUCGUCGUGCCCGUCACUCCCCGAGGUCUACACGCUGCCCGUCAGGGAGAGGCCCAACUGUGCCGCCCUGCACGAUGGAGACUCCAAAUCUCAAUGCUUCAAAAGGCACACUUUGAACUACCUGCAGGAGAUCGGAAAUGGCUGGUUCGGAAAAGUGAUCCUGGCCGAGGUGCUGUGCGACUGCAGCUCCUCGCAGGUGGUGGUCAAGGAAUUGCGCGUCAGCGCCAGCCCGCUGGAACAGAGGAAGUUCUUGGCUGAAUCGGAGCCGUACAGGAGUCUGAAACAUCCCAACAUACUUCAGUGUCUGGGCCAGUGCAGCGAAAGCAUUCCUUUUCUCCUGGUCAUGGAAUUCUGUCAGCUGGGUGACCUGAAGCGGUACCUGCGGGCCCAACGGAAGUCCGACGGGAUGACGCCGGAUCUUCCCACACGAGACCUGUUGACUCUUCAGCGGAUGGCCUUUGAGAUCACGUCAGGCCUGCUGCACCUUCAUGAGAACAACUACAUCCACAGUGAUCUGGCUUUAAGGAACUGCCUGCUGACCUCAGACCUCACUGUGAGAAUCGGGGACUACGGUCUCUCACACAACCAAUACAAGGAGGACUAUUACCUAACUCCCGACAAGCUUUGGAUCCCACUGCGAUGGAUUGCUCCCGAGCUCCUGGAAGAGUACAGAGGAGCUCUAAUUGUCACAGACCAAACCAAGACCAGCAAUGUGUGGUCCCUAGGGGUGGUCAUAUGGGAGCUGUUUGAGUUUGGCUCUCAGCCUCACAGGCACCUGAGUGAUGAUGAGGUUCUGACAUUUGUCAUCAGGGAGCGACAGAUUACGCUGGCCCAGCCGAGACUCAAACUCUCCCAUGCAGAUUACUGGUAUGAGAUCAUGCAGUCCUGCUGGCUACCGCCAUCUCAGCGACCAUCGAUGGGCGAAGUAUUCCUCCUUCUCUCCUCCCUACUGGCUGCCGAGCGAGGAACGGCGAGGGGGAGCGAUGGGGACGAGGACGAAGAGGAUGAGGAGUAUGACGAUGGGAGGAGGAGGAGAGGCGAGAGCGAGGAGUCUUUCGAAAGACGCUGGGACUUGCUCCGCCCGGCGGCCUUCCAGGCGGCGGCGCAAGAGCGGCAAAGGGAGCGCGAUUGUGGCAGAGAGGAACGCCACGGCUCCUACCCCCUGUUGGACCCCGUGGGAAACCGUGGCGCGCAUUCCUCAUCGGAAUUGGACGACAUACUGACCGUGACAGAAACCAGCAAAGGCUUGAACUUUGAGUAUUUUUGGGAAAAGGCCCACGCCAGACGAGGCUACAAACCUCUUCCCCCGUCUCAACCCAUCCCGGCUGCGAACAACAACAAUCACAGGCAGUGCUUGGACACCCCCACUGUGGUCCCAGUGAUCAGCGCACGCAGCCCCUCCCUCGCUAGCGAGUACUACAUCCGAUUAGAGGAGCACACUCCCCAAGACAAUUCGCCGACUCUUAAAGGAAAGAGCCAGCCAUGUUGUAGGUCAGACUCUAUUUGUCCUGGAGACAUGGAGCUUGUGGAGAUCCGCAGUGGUAUGCUGGGAAAAGAGCGAGUGCCCUAUUGUUCCUCUGACAAGUGUGCCGGUGGAAAAGGCAUCCAGACUGUGCGUUCAAGUGAGGUGAAACUGCAAGUGCCCAACACAGGCGUGGCUAAGUUCAGAGACACUUCAAGCAGAGUGACUGACUUCUCAGUAAUCAAUUUAGGAGAAGAUGAAGAAAAUAAGACUCCUGACAAGAAACCACCCUCGAGUUCUCAAGCUCCAGUCCUUCCUCCGAAACCUCGCUCACUGUCUUUGUCAUCAUCCAACCACCUUCACUCACGCCCCCUGCCCGCACCCCCACUUGGAUACAGAGGGCUUCCUCAUUACAACAUGAGUGGCAAAAUCGAGACUAACCCCCUUCAGAUGAACAGCUGCCCACCUUCUAGCUUUGGUCACCUAGGGCUCCAUCGCGCUCGACAGACAUUGCCACCAUCGCCGUCUCUCUCUCCCUCCCUUCCGCCAUCCAGUCAUCCUAUUUACCCCCAAACUCAAAUGUGUCCGCCGCCUCUCCCUCCUCACUCAAAACAAAGAACUUGCCCGAGCUACAACACUGACUUUUAUGCUAGAUACAGUAAUAGAUCUAUGAGAGACCCGCUAUCCUGUGAUCUUGCCAAUAGAGACACCAGACAAACAACGUCAACGCACAACUCCAAGGAGAGCGCUCAUUCCCGUGUGAAAGACUUUGAAUCGCCCAUUCGCAGGGAAAAUCCCUUGCGCCCGAUUUAUCGCAAUAUACCUCGCCCUCAGCCAGCGACUGAUGGGCAUUCCUCAUCCAGUCCCACCUACUCAGAUGAGGAUGACUCACCUUUCAUGUCACCUGAGAAACCAAGCAGCAGCACCGCUGUCACUUAUUCGAGCUUGUCCGACGAUGCAGAUCCACCUUCUGGAGGGGUCUUUUCCAGAGGAAUGAAGAGGACCCAGUCACGGCUCGACACCAUCUUGCCAGCCAUUUGGAAGGAAGAUGCAGAACUUCAGGCAGAACGUAUGGCCACUGCCAAGAAAUCCCCGAUGCACCUGUUUCUCACAGAGAUAUCUACUGUGACAGAGCCGAGUGAGUGCAAGUAUGAUGUUUCGUGGGAGGCUGGGCAGGAAGAGAAUAAAGAUGGCGAGAGAUCAAAAAAUGUUGUGUUGCCUCACAAAGGGAUGCGCCGUUCUCAGUCUCUGAUCACAGAGCUGGGCUCAGCAGGACAGUCAUGGGCAUCAGAGAAACACAACAAAAGCAUGGGAACAGAGAAGGACGUAACAGCAUCUAAUGAAUCGUUCCAGGGAGAUCUUUUUCUGACAGAGAUUGAUACGGACACAGAUUUGAAUGGAGGAUCAGGAAAUGAUCCCGUGAAAUACCUCUACCCAGCAGGAUCAAGGUUGCGGCCAUAUGUCUGUGCUCCAGGCCUUCCCUCAUUCACUGAAGCAGAAGACACCAAUUCAAAAGGCAUAAGAAGGUCCCGUUCCCUCCUCUCUGAGAUCACCACUGUGAAACCACAGCAGACUGAGAAGGAACCACAGAGAACAGAAAUGACCAGGGAAGAAUUCCUGAAGGAGAUCCAAUCGGCAGAGACAUUUCUCACUGAAAUCAUAUCGAAGCAAACAGCUACAAACAUGAAAGAAGAUUCCUCCCCUACCCCUCUCUCGCCCGAGUAUGAGUCCAUAUGUAUUGACCCAAAUUCAGCUCAGACCAUCCGGUUUCAAUCAGAGAGUUCAAUACGCUCAUCUAGCAGAGGAAAAGAUGAAACACAAACUGAGGCCAUCUAUGCCCAAGUCACCAAGCGUGCUAAAAAGAGUGAGAUCAAAGUUUCUACCAGACCUGAGAUCCCGAUCCUUCAUAUAGGCUCAACCAUUAAACCGGAGAACCAAGGAAGCAAAGCAGAUCACUGCCAGUCUGGUGUCUUUUCAGAAAUCAUGCCUAAAAAUGGCCUACUGCACAACCAAACACUUGCAUGUACGAAAGAGGAAGAGUGUUUGGAUGGGCCUGCUUUACCUACGAGAGGAGAGGAACAAGCCGCAGAUUUUUCAGAACUUUCACCUAAAGUUCACACCAAGGAUGUUGAAGACUCCAUCACUGUGACAUCAUUUGUUACAGAUAAAAGUCCGAAAGGUUCUUUUUUCCUGAAUGGCGAGCUAAUAAGGGAUGACCCACUGGCCAGCAAUCCUGAGAGAGGAGAUCAAAUUACAGUGAGUGAUCCUGACGGUGAACAGCGCGACGCUGAUAAGGUGUCUGCAGCAGCUGAUUUGUAUCACUCAAAAGAUUGUGGCACAACGAACACAAAGAUAGACAAUGAGUAUUCACUACAGCACAAUGACAGUGUUCCAGAAAAACAUGCUGCCGAAAAAGCUUUCACUCCUACCACGCCAGACUGGGAUGCGUCUGGUGACAUCUUCCUGGUCACCCCCACUGACUCCGUCUUGUCACCUAUGACGUCCAGCUCAGCAGACUGCCUCACUCCUAGCGACUCCUGGAUGGGAGUGGGAGGCGGUGGGUGGCGCGCUCUGGGCAAUGAAACGCCCCAUCGGGACUCAGCCUAUUUUUCAGACAGCGAUUGGGAAGGCGACGGGAUAAGCAGGAGGAGUAGUGACGGAGUUGUCGGCUCCAGGCCAAGCAGUGGUCGAGGGGGUGAAAGGGGAACACUCACCGGCAUCGAGGAAAAAACGGAAACCGAAGAAGAGGGUGAUGGCGAACAUAAGCACCCUUUAAAAAACAGCAUACAGAUAUCAGAGAAUGUUACAUCAUGUCAGAAUACACCUGUCAAUGAUUUCUCUCAUUCUGGCAAUGUCACAGUUAGUCCAAUCAAAGGGUUUGAGCCAGGGCAGAGAGACGAUUCUGGCAUUUUCCUGAAUGGUCAAAAAUGCUCCCAACUGAUUGAUGGUCCCCAAACCGACGACUGUGAUGACUUUAUUGAUAAAUUGUUCUCCAAAUUAGAAGAUGUGCCCCUAAAGAGCUUUACGCAAAGUGAUGGUUAUACAAAAGGCCAGCAAUACACAGAUGACGUCAUCUCUCAUGUAGCAGACUGCAAAAGAAAAGAUUUGAAGCUACAUGCCAACAGAUGCAAAGAAUACACAAAAAUAGAAGACAGUGUCGCUUCUUUAAGGGUCCAUCACUGUGGAAAUACCAUUAUAGAAUCUCUAGUUGACAACACAGAAUCCAAAUUGUCUCACCUGUGUGACAGUUCUACCAAGAACCCCAGACUUAAUGAAAAAACCCCAUCAUUAGUGGAGUCAAAUGUAGGGAAAUCGAUAGAGGAUAAACUAAGCAGUCUCGCCUUCGCCUCUUGGACAGAGGAAGGUGUUGAAAAACCAGGGAUAAGUAACAAGAUACCGGACCUUGAGCUGCACCACACAGACCACAACCAGCUUGGCCUGAGAGACCUGCACUGCGCAAACGGCUGUGAGAACAAGACUGCAGCGGUCAGGACAGAGUCGGAGAAACAGCUGGCUGCUGCAGAGCUGAGUAACGUCGCGAAGGAGAGGUCACCCUUGAGAGAAGCGCAGCGUAAGUCUAACAAUGUCGCUCAUAACAGCAAGGAGGGGAUAGUGGAGGAUGUCAAAAAAAGUAGUUGGCUUGACUGCCAGCAUUAUUCACAGUCAAGUGAAUUGCAUGUUUGGCCCGAUGAAAACGACCAGUGGGCCUCUCCGGAAAAGAGGUGUCGAGAAAAUGAGCUGAAGUCUGAGCUAUUCCCCGGCUUCCAGACUGAAGCUUGGGAGGUGGCUGAGCGUGUUGUCGUGGGUCAGGAGUUUUGGGAGGCUGAAGAAAAUGACGAACUUGCAGGAAGUGAACCCCACCCUGCUGUGUUGGUUGGCUGUGAGGAAUCAUGGAAUGAUGAAAGGCAGGGGUUAACCGAAAGUCUAUCUGCGAAGGAAAAUGUUGACCAAAAUGCUCAGCGGGAGGGGAUGAACAUUCAACAGGUUGAAAAUCGGGAGAACCUUGUGGAAAUAGACAGAUUUGAUGCAUUGAUGAACAUAUCAUCUGAAAUGGAGAAUAAUGAAAUACAGGCUCAAGAGAACUCUGAGGAAGGUGAGAAGCACAAGUCGUUAUGCACGAAAAUGAUCGGGGACCGGCAUCUUACAGGGUCAGAGGAGAAUCAGAAUUUUAAUACUUGGCCUCAGCAUCAGCUCUGUGACCUCCAGGAGAAGGAGCCACUACCACCAAGAGAAAUAAUUGACAACAAUGGCGUUUUAGUGAACUGCUUCUCUCACACUUUGGAGAGUAAACGCGCCAAAAUAACCAUUUGCAUCACUGAAGCCCCUCAGGAGAAUUUCUCAGACCAGGAAAACCUUGACUCUGACUUAUAUUAUGAGGCUGAAAGAAGAAGUCCAUGUGGUGCAAAGCACUCCACAGAAGAAAGUGUGAGCACUGCGAAGGUAGAGGAGGAUUUCGGAGAUGUGGCACCGGUAGACAACUUUAGCUCAGUGGACUUCCCCAGUCCUCCACCAAGCAUAGAUCUUGACAUGCAGGAUGAUAAACUAGAGAGUUUAGAUGACUCUUUUCCGAGUCCACCACAAUCCAUUUUAGAGGCAGAGGAGUUUAGUAGUCCCAUGAAUGUGGAAGAGUUUAACACUGAGGCAGAAUCUCCCAAAAUGAAUUUUUGCAUUGUGGAAAAUCUGAACUCCCCAUCUGAACAUAUAACACUAGACAUUAAGAGCAACACCACUGAAACUAAAGGUCAGAAUGAUUCCAACCCAUCACAAGCUCCUAUGAAUAGCCUGCCAGAAUUAUUAAUUUCUGAAUGGAAAGAUAUGGACGAGGAAGCCUUGGAGGAUUUUGAGAAACUGGAACAACUGUGUUGCAUAUCUGGGGAUGAGGAGGACACAUUGGGUGACAUUUUUUUGGAAAAUCUAGAACUUUUGGAGUCCCUAAAGAAAAUGCGUGAUCAAAAAGGCACCAGUUCUAGCCUUUGCGGAGAGGAGACAAGUGAUUUGACUACGAAGGGGAGCAGGGAAGCUUUGGAUGGGACUUGUGAUGAAUCCAACAAAGUGGUAGACUCCUCAGACACAGAGGACAGGGAUGCCAUGUUGAGGUCAUCAGGACAAAGUCCAGAUUCUAAGGACCAGCGAUCUCUUUCCAAGAUGACCACCAAGAAUGGCCUAAUGAUGCAGGUCAGAAAAUGUGAUGUUUUAUUGAAGGGGGAACCGUGUUACUCUGUCGUUUUGUCGCCUCAGGUGUGUGAGGAACGGCUGCAGUUCUCCCUGAGUGAAAAUGUGAAACCAAAUGUGCUUUGGGGAGCGACAGUUAAGGACACAGUCACACUUCGGCCCUGGGGGGAGCAAACGGCUGAGAAGAACAGCGAUGUAGUCGCUGUAGAAGAACAAAACCAGGACAAAAGGCAAACUGAGCAGGAAAGCGUAUCCUGUGCCAAGCCCGAUGCAAAGUGUGAGGAAACUGAAACCGAGCCGCUCACUGUGAUUGAACAACCAGAGGUUACAACACUGCAGUCCUCUGCAAACCAGGCAAUCAAAGCAAAAGUAGCUCGUCUGUCUCUGGCUCUCCCACCCCUCGCCCUGACUCUGCCCCUCACGCCUACGGGCAAAGGCGGAUUUGGGGACGGGCCGAUCGGCAGUCGGAUUGGAAGACGGAGAGGUUUGCUUCUGGGAAGCGAUCCAGAAGAUGAGGAGGAAGACGAGGCGGAGGACGAAGGUUCCCGCAGGGUCAUUGUUGUCACAGAGACGGACGUGGACAAACGCGUGGGCCUUAGGAGCCUGCUCAAGUUGCCCAAGGAGCCGCUGGACAGAGAGAGGGACAGAGGGAGAAAUGUGUCCUUUUUUGAUGAUGUCACCAUUUAUCUUUUUGAUCAGGAAACUCCAACCAAUGCAUUGAGCACUUCGGCGCCCACCAGUCCAGCUGCAGUGUCUGUCAAAAACACAUUACAUGGUCCCAGCAGCAAAAGCAAAGAUUCCAAGCGCAAAGAAGCCAGGGUCCCAGUGGGCGGGGCCAAUGCUGUGACAUCAUCACGCUUCACCGUCAGCCCCGCCAAGGAUCCUCACGUGGCGUGAUGUCGCUUUAACCAUGGGAAGACUUUAGAGAUGAACCCUCUGAGACUAAGCCGUGAAUUAGCCCCACCAACCAGCCGUUUAGUCACACAGAGGCUAUUUUUCUACUGGAUAGGCAAAUGGAAGAGGAAGACUCGUUUGGAAACGCUGGACGCAGUCCAGUUUUGACCAGCUACACUGUUUACAGAGUUUAUUCAAGCAUCUUUGGAAGGCGGAACCUGUAAAGUGUUUUGACAGCUAUGCAGUGGAAGUCUCGCUGUGUACCAGUUUCUCUUUUCUGCAUCGUUACUUUUCAAAUGAGAGGGGAAUGCUGUUUGUUUUUCUUGUUUUUUUUUGUUUUUUGUUUUUUUUUGGAUCAGGCCUCUCUUCAUGGACGCUUUUUCAUUACAGUCAGUUUGAAACACAAUUUGUUGGGCUCCUGUCAGAAUAUUUUUACAUUUGUACAAAACAUCACCAUACAAAGUGAAUACAAUAUCGUUUUUGAGCUGUUUACUUUUAAAUGUAUUCUCCUAAGACUGCAUGAAAAAUACAACAACCAAUGUUUUCCUUUGUACUUUUAGUUCUAAAAAAAUAGUCUUUAUUGCUAUUAAUUUUUCAUGUUUGUAAAGCCAGUGGCCAUGCAAUUCGUUGUGCAUUUAUUUAUUUCUUAUUUGAAGCAAUCAGCAUAUAUUAACGUAUGAUUUGAGACAGGAUGCAUCUAGGUUUUACCUUCUGUAAGAUCUUUACAACAAAUAAAGCAAAAUAUUUUCCCAGACCUAAUUGCGCCCAAAAAACUAUUUUGUAUAAUUUUACCUGUUAAUAUAUUUCAAUCUGUAUGAUAGUUUGUCCUGUAAUAUUUCAUCCCCCCUCCCCCCCCCCCCCAAAUGUCUAUGUAUGUUUAGCAGUGUUGUCAUCCUUUCCAAGACAGUCAGUGUAGCUUAGCAUGAAAAACUGAAAAAAAGCUUUUCAUCAGUAAAUAGCUUUAUUUUUAUUGUGUGUGGAUAUUACCUUAUGAAUUUAUUUUCUACGAAUAACAGUCCAUCAUGCAGUUAAGGUCCUAAUAGUUUGUUUAGUCUCUUUUAGUGCUGGUUUAAAACCUGUAUUGUUUUAAGGAAUUGUUUUCAAGGGACUAUGUAAAAACAAACGGGAAAAAAUAAAAACUACAAAAUGUGGAUUUCCUUAUGAA